UAAGAGAUAUUUUUAAUGCUGUCAUUCGGAAGAUGUGUUCUCAAAUAAAUUAUUCCCAGUUUAUUACAUUUUUCAUAGCGAAGAAGUGCUAGGCUCUCCUUUAGUCUGGUAUAAAGGUAGAUUAAGGGAAUAGUUUCUUCCGACGGUUGCUGUGGCAACAGAAGGACGCCAAGCGAAGGAGCGAAGCUAGACUCUUCCGGGAGAGGGCGGUCCGUGGCCUGAUUCGAGCCUUGGUUGGUGUUGGCAAAGAUGGAUUUAAUACAUACUAAAGCAUUUUUAAGCCCACGAAAUGGGUUCUUGAUUUUGCCAUCCCCGACCCAAGAAGAGAGAAGCAAAACCUUGAGUUGCGAUUUAGAUGACCUUCCACGCUUGUAUGUCAUUGGCAAUAUACAAAAUGUGAAUAAAAAAAUAUCUCAGUUAGAAUUGGGACUGAGAAGAUAUGACAGUAGUGAUGUGGUGAUUGAGGAUAUGAUGCACAGGAAAUAUGCAGGGUUGAAGGGUCCUAGAAAAGGAAAACGUAUAAGCAAGACGAAAGAGAAGGAUCAGGCCAUGACACAGAAGUAUGGAAGGCUUAGUUCGGAUGCAGGUACUUUAAGAAAUCAGAAAAAAAUAGCUCAGAAAAAGAUGAUCACAGAAAAGAAUAAACUUGUAGAGUUGUAUCAUUACCCAGGAUAUCAUGAAGAGGAACUCACACCACUGCCCAAUGGAAUAGAGCUGAAUGAAAUUUUGGAGAAAGUGAUUCGUGCUCAGAGUAAAACUGUAGUUGGGAAGACGAAGUGGGCUGUGAAAAUGCUGCAUAGGUUUUUUGAUGCUCCAUGCUCCCGAGCUGUUUUGCUGGAUAGUUUCUGGUGGCAAUUCCUGCACUUGUAUCAUCCAAAUCGAGAAAUUCAGGGGCACUUGUUUGAACGCAUUGCAGGAAAUUAUGCCCUCAUUCUGUUAGGCAACCACAGGACUUCCAACCAGGAAUGCAUCCUCAAGUUUUUUCCAUCAUUACUGAGUCAAGCUGUGUACAUCUGCUUCUGCUCCUGUUUCCCGAGGUCCUGGUUUAAUACCUCUGAAUUCAAGGCCCAGCUCUGUGAUGUAUUCUUCGAAUGGCUGGGAGGUACACUGCAUGAACCAAGAAGUUUCUAUAAAUGGGAUUACUCCCAACUGGAACCAGAACGAUCAAGGAGAGAAGAUCUGAUGUCAAGAAAGAAAAAAAUAGGGACUGGCACUGGUAUAUCGUUUGAGAGCUACAAGCAAUACAGUUCUACAGGAAAGACUCAAUUGCAGAAGAUUCCAUCAAAGAAAACAUUUAAGAUACCUAUUAAAAAAGGCAAAAAAACUGUAUCUGGGAAAAAAGAUCAAAAGCAGCUUUCCAAAAAAGUUACUGCAUUGGAAAGUGAAGAAAUAAAGCCUAUUACAUCCAAAAGUGAUCAGCUUACAGAGGAUAAUGAGAAAACUGUAUGGAGUAGCCAACAGAACUUACCCAAAAGGAAAUUAAAAAUAGCUAUACUUCCUCGAGAGUCACACCCAGCUUGCCAUGGUCCUGACUUUAUAUGGCAUCGCUUCAAUAUUAGUGGUCAUAGUCCACUAAUUCAACAUUACUUCCAGAAACAUGGUACUGAAUCAAAAUCAGGAUGUGACAUCUUUGUUUCUAGGAGGGAGAUAUACAAACCAAUGCCUGAUUCUGUCAAAACAUAUGCAGAAGUGAUCAAGGAAGGUUUUCAUAUCCUCCAUCAGAAGCACAAAGCCUUCAGAAAAUGUUAUUGGCAACAAUACAGAGAAAUGAUAAAAUUUGAUGAACAGAACAAAUGUAAUCAGGAACUUUACAGAGAAGCUAUAAAAGAAGAGAUGAAAAAGAGAAAGGCACAAAAACAAAAAGAAUUGCUUUCUUUGAGAGAUCGGCAGAAUAGCUCAGAACCUUCAUCCCUGUUUUCAAAAGAUUCAUCCGGGAAACACCGUAGUUAUCCUAGAUCUCUCCUUUUGAACUGACAUUGAUUGAGUUCAGUUGGAAGCAUGUUACAGAAUGACAAUUUAAAUAAAAUUAAAGAACCUA